UCAAAUCGACCCUGUUGAAGAGAUAAAUUGCUGUGCUUUAUACGACUACAUUCUUGCCCGCCAGUCUUUAACUUUUUGACGCGGUACUAUGUAAAUAUCUUCAGGGCGACCCUCCCCAAUUUCUACCCUGUGACUGACAACUUGCCUGUGACUCAAUUUACUCCAAAGACUGAUGCCAUCCCUAGCAACUCUCGAGAAUCUCAGCAUUCACCGACACCCUCGACAGGCACUGGCAGCACAGUCGGGAUACCUGUCAUCAUUAUACCCACGUCAGGUUCGACCCGGAAUUAGUUGCUAGUGACAUCGAAACCUGGCAUACCUCUAAUGUAGACCCUAUAUAAAACUCAACAAGUCUCCACUGGGUGUCGUGUGAUUGCUGGGCCUUCGUCAUUAUCUGUGCUGAAAUACUGCUGGGUGCUUAUUUGCUCAUGUCCCUAUUGUCCGAAUUCCUUUACGACAUCUGGGUGCGAAAAGCGCUCUCUGCAGCUGGCCACACUGUGCUAGUCUACGAUUACUUUCUUUCUCUCAAUGAUGAAAUCCAAUACAUUUGGAGCGCCCCUUGGACUAUCGUGAAAGUCAUGUUCCUCAUCAACCGAUACGGAAACCUUGUCGGGCAGACUGUCAUUCGGUUGGAAGAGGCUGGCGUUCUCGCAGUGCUCGCACAUAAUUCCCAACUAUUCUGCCAAAGGUUUGCCAUCGUCACCAAUUACUUUAUGGUGCUAUCUUCAGAGUCGAUUCAUAUACUUGUGCUCAUGCGUGCUUGGGCCAUCUGGGGAACUCGGAAGCGCUUGACGAAUAUUCUUGUCGGGAGCUACGUGAUCUACGUCCUUAUUCUGCUCGGAAUCACUAUGCUUGGUGGAAUACAUGAUUCUCAUGAGAAUUUCCGAUACCUCAACUUGGUGGAGAUCUGCGUGUCGGACAUGCCAAAAUAUAUGUGGCUCGGCUAUUUCGGAAGCGUUAUUCUCGAUGCAGUAACCUUUGUCUUGACAGUGCGAAGUCUGUGGAGAUAUUCCAGGGAAUUCCAGUUUCUCUACCCUUCCAACCUCCUUCGUGUACUUCUUCGAGAUGCAACUAUCUUUUUUGUUAUUAGUAUGUUCAACAAUUCCAUUAUUGUCGCCUCCUGGACUGUGUACGCGAACAGUCCAUAUACUUUCCUACCUAAAGGGUUUUCUGGCCCGUUACUUUCAGUGGUCGGUCAGCGCGUGGUUCUGAACCUGAAAAGUCUCCCAACACGUACCUAUGCGACGCAUGAACUCAGUCGUGAGGUGGACCGACAACUUGAAGUAUUCGAAUUCGACGAAUGCUGCUUGUCACCUCAAAAUCGAUGUGGUCUUGAUGAUGCAAAGGAAGCAUGUUGCUCGUCACCUCAAGGUCGAGAUGGCCUUGAUGUGCCAGAAGGUGGAAUCAGGGAAUGUCAACCGAAUCUCACGUAAGUGGUUGCGUGUUGUCAAAGAGAUACACAAGUAGGAUUGAAGAAAUCAGAUUGGGUGUUACAUAGAUUGCAGAUGUUUAUAUUUGGUUUAUAUCGGAACUCCCCUCCCUUGUCCACAUAACUUACUUGUAUUUCUCGCAAUCCGGACGUAUGAUAUUGGUCGGGACCGAAUGUAUACGGUACACUGUACGCUAGAGUUCGGCCCUACCGACUGACACCUUGCUCUGUGGCAGGUUGUUUUAUUUUCUGCACACCUAUUUAUUCAAUUUUAUUGCGAAUGUACUAUGUACCGUAAUGUUCCUCUCUCACCGGUCCAAACCUAAAACCACUUGCGAUGAGUGAAGACCUUAGACCAGAUAUCGAUCCUUCUCAAGCCUCC